UCUCGAACUUUUAUCGGUGGUGUUUUCUUUUGCAGCUAUUUGUUUUUCUUGUUGGUUGUACAGCCAGCGCUUCCCUGUUCCAGGAGAAGAGCCUCCUCUGGAAAAUGGAAGCAGUGCAGCGGCCGUCCUCUAUCGGGUCUCUGUUUGUCCAUGCACUCCCUCAAAGCCACCAGAAGUACCUUUGCUACACCCGGCCUGGCCCUGAGAAGUUCAACCUGUGUGUUACAAAUGGUAUGGAUGUUUGGAGCACAGGUUUCAGUCCACAAAAACUUGAGGAACAUAAAUCCACACAUGGGGUGAAAACCUGUGAAGAAUACGACUCUAUAGCCAGGGAUGCUUUCGAGAAGUUUGCUGUCAGCCUCACAGUUCUUGACAACAUCGCCAUACUGAAACUUAACCAAGAUGACCAGGGACUAACCUUUGACCUCUACAAGCUGUCCAUUUCUGAGGCUAAGGCAGAGAUCCAGUCGGUCAUGUUUCACCUGGUGCAUCAAGUACAUCAUUUGCAAGAUCAACUCAAAGCCUCUGAGGAAAGCAACAUUUUGAAACUUGAUAAAACAAUGCAGAGGACGCAGAGGAUGUUUCUAGCAGAGUAUGAUUCCAAGAGGAAGGCAAAUGGACCUGAAUCUUCACCAGUGUCCAAGAAGAGGCUUGCAGGAGAGUCCCUGAUAAAUCCAGGCAGCAAGAGAACAAAGGCUCCCACUGGAGUGAGUUUUGAAGACAAUGUCCUCGAUGACAGUGAUGAGUGAAGCAUUUGAUUGGGUUCAACAUGGAUUUGCUGGGAAUAUUUAUAGGGAAAGUGUGGUUUUACCAUUAUUUAUUUCUUUUAGGCAACGAUAGAUAUGAACUUUAAAAAAGGAAAUGCUGUCUCUGUUUGUUUAACAAACAAUAAAAAUACGAGCUAUUUUA